CAAAUGAAAACAAUUUUGUACUAUAGCUUCAUCAAGGACACAACCGUCUGUCAAAGACAGAACCGUCUGUCUAAAGCAUAAAGGGGUGUUUGCUAAAUUUAGUAAUGGCCGCUCAGUUGCACUCAAUCAUGGAAUCCAGAGGGUUAUUCCUGGCGCUGUUUUUAGGCAGUUUACUCUCCCAAGUUUUGCUCGUCUAUUCUGCUGACCAGCAGUAUCAGCCCAACUGGAAAUCUUUAGAUUCAAGACCCCUUCCUGCCUGGUAUGAUGAAUCUAAAUUCGGCAUUUUCAUGCACUGGGGCCUCUACUCCGUGCCAAGUUUCGGUUCGGCCCGGUUCUGGCAAUACUGGAAAAACAACGUGACUGCUUAUGUGAAUUUCAUGAAGCAGAAUUAUCCUCCGGAUUUCACGUACGCCGAUUUCGCCAAGUCAUUCCGAGCUGAACUCUUUGAUGCAGACAAGUUUGCAGAGAUCGUCGAAGCUUCAGGGGCGCGUUACUUUGUGCUCACCAGUAAACAUCAUGAGGGGUAUGCAAUGUGGCCGUCUAAGUAUUCAUGGAACUGGAACUCGAUGGAUGUGGGUCCGAAGAGAGAUCUGGUUGGGGAGAUGGCGACUGCCAUCCGUAAACGCACGACUCAAAUCCACUUCGGGCUGUAUCACUCCCUCUUCGCGUUUUACCAUCCUCUGUAUCUACAAGACGUGGCAAAUAAGUUAACGACACGAUUGUACCCCGAACAGAUCUCAACACCGAUGUUACACGAGCUUGUGAACAACUAUGAGCCUGAUCUCAUCUGGUCCGAUGGAUUUCAGGUGAUCACAGGCUGGGAGUACUGGAACAGCACUGGGUUCCUAGCAUGGCUUUACAACAACAGCCCAAUCAAAGACAAGGUGGUUGUUAACGAUCGCUGGGGAGAUGGAACUGUCUGCAAACACGGCGGGUUCUACACUUGUGGAGAUCGCUACAACCCCGGCACCUUGAAGAAACACAAGUGGGAGAAUGCGAUGACGGUGGACAAGGGAUCUUGGGGCUAUCGUCGAAACGUCCAUCUCUCCGACUUCUUAAGCACACAACAACUGCUUCAUUCAAUGGCCAAGACAAUAAGCUGUGGAGGAAACAUGCUCUUAAAUGUCGGACCAACUCAUGAUGGGCGGAUCAUCCCAAUCUUUGAGGAGCGUCUGCGGCAAGUCGGCUCUUGGUUGAAAGUAAAUGGGGAGGCCAUCUACAAGUCCAAACCAUGGCGUGCACAGAACGACACCAACACCACUGACAUAUGGUACACCUCUCAACUGAAUGGGUCUCUCGUAGAGUCGGUCUAUGCUAUAGUUCUUGAAUGGCCAGUGGACAACCGUCUGUUUCUUGGAGCACCGAUUCCGAAUAAACUGAGUACGGUAUCGAUGCUUGGAGUGAAGACCCAACUGCAGUGGAAGGUGGGGCCCAAGGGUGUUGGAAUGAACAUAACUUUUCCUGUGCUGAAUCCAACUCAGAUGCCAUGCCAGUGGGCAUGGGUCUUAAAGUUACAGAAAGUCAAAUGAGAAAAUUCCUGGAAAAUCUUGACUGAAUAGCGUUGAACUUAUUCAAUCUUCUAUUAGCAUUGUGACACUGCAUCAGAUGUAGGCCUAAAUGUCUUUUUCGUACUUAAGAGAAUAUGUCUUGAAAUUGGUUGACUUUAAAAACUAUUCUUUCUUUUAUACAAAGCUAGAUUUUUGUAGUGGUGUGCAUUCUUUAUGGUUAAAAUUUCCGAGCCCCCUCUUUUCAAAGUCACGGCUUCAGUUUGGGCUCCAUAGGUACCAUUUGAAAAACUUUUUGGGGGUAUUUUUCUUCAGGUGCGCGGGUCUGCAUGACCCCAAACAAUAUGAUACUCUCUUUUGCAUCAGUUUCAUUCAGCUGAUGUUAAAGGGGCACACCGGCUGAAUUGGGCUAUUUUGGGCUAGAAAAUAAACUAAGAUAUGACUUCAGAUGUCUUCCAGGAUUGGAGAAGAGCAGUCCCUAACAAAAAAAUCAUCAAAUUUAUUCGGUUUUGAACAUUUAAAAAAAAAAACCGUGUAGAGUCGCGUGAUAGUUUGUUCCAAAAAGUGGUUAGACUAAUCACGUGACCUUCCGAGUUAGUUUUACUUCCAGCCGUAUAAAAGCUAAUUCGCUGAACCAUUUUAAAUACUUUUGUUUACAACUAUUCAUGAGUAUAUGACAAAAAAGGCUACGUAUUAAGAUUAUGGAUACAAAUCGUUAAUAAUGGUCAAAAAUCGAACGUAAGAUGAACAUUCCUAGGGACAAAAACGCUCAGAAGGGGAGUGGGCGACAAAAUCGCCUAAGUCACCUAUUACUAUAAUAUGUGUAUGCCGUUGUUUUGAAAAUGGCCGUGGCAUAAAUUUGAAUAUAAAUAUUUUGAGCAAUCCAAUUUUGGUUAGAAAAACUAAGUAGGGCUAAAUACUAUAGAUGGAAUGCACAUAGUGUCAUCUACUGCUAUGAUGAUAAACAAUGGAAAAGUGCACGCGUCUACACUCUUUUGCACAACUCUCAGCCAAUGAUUCCUAUUCGUGAACGCGUGCACGUUUCAUCGAAGAUGGUGGGCAAUGACGUCGUGUAGUGCAAUCCAUGUAUACAUCCUUGGUAAUCACAAAUAGGUGAUUGCCUCAGUUUCUAACAUGCAAUCUUUAGACCGCAAUGUUAGUAUUUUUGUAAUUUUUCUUGUACAUACCCUUAAGGCACUGCACACUUGCUAGUUGUCAAAGACCAGUUUUCUAAUGUUGGUGUUAAUACUCAUACAUUCAUAGAAUAUCAAACCUGUGAAAGUUUGUGCUAACUUGGUCAUAAAAUAUGCAAGAAAACAAAUGUUCUUUCAGUUGUCUGAAUAAAAGGCUUCAUGCCUGAUUUUUUUCAACCUA